AAAAAUGAAAUUUUCCUAAUAAAUAUGGAUGUGUGGAAACAUUGUGUUCCGAACGCUAAGUAUGUUGUGUAAUGGAGCGUACCAAAUGCAUUUUCACCAGCAAAGUUGUUCGGAAUUUGAUGACCUUGAAGACAGGUGUGAAAAAGUUAACAAUCGCAAAACCGCACUUGCGGUCAAUUCAGCGAUUUGAACGGUCGGCAUGGUGUGCACGUGCAAGAGGCACAAUAAGCCCUAUAAAAGUGCAGGGUUUAGGACUUAGCUGUACUCAGUUUAAAACUGUCAGCGUAGCUUUCACAAUGCUAAGACUGAAUGAAGCACAGAGGAACAACGCCGUCGGACAAUUGGAAGCAGGCGAAUCCCAAUCAGAGGUUGCGAGGCUUUUCAAUGUGUACCCUAGCACCAUUUCAAGAUUAUGGAUCUGCUACCAGGCGCAUAGAUCAACACGUUACCUUCGCAGAUCCGGUAGACCACGUGUCACCACUCCUGCCCAGGAUCGCUACAUCCGGUUGCGCCACCUACGCCAAAGGACGACCACGGCUACCUCCACUCAAUCUGCAAUACCGGGACUGCGUAGGAUCUCUGACCAGACUGUCCGGAACCGUCUACGAGAGGCAGGAUUGCGACCCAGACGUCCUGUUAGAGGCGUGAUUUAAACCCAGCAGCAUCGACAGCUUCGACUACAAUGGUGUCAAGCACACAGGGUAUGGCCUCAAAGACGAUGGAGACACGUGUGGUUCAGCGACAAAUCGCGAUUCAUGCUCCGCAAACAGGAUGGAAGGGCAUGUGUCUACCGCCGAAGAGGUGAACGUUUUGCACACAAUUGCAUACAGGAAGUGGACAGAUUUGGUGGAGGAAGUGUGAUGAUGUGGGCAGCCAUCUCUUACAACGCCAGGACAGACUUGGUGCACAUCAGGGGGAACUUGACAGCACAGCGCUAUGUGGACGAGAUCCCUCGCCCAUACGUCGUCCCCAACAUGGCCAACGGCAACACUGUUUUCCAGCAGGACAAUGCCCGUCCUCAUACAGCGCGCAUCACCACAGCCUUCCUAGCAAACAACAA